AUGCGCAUCUCUGAAUGUUCCAGGAACAUCGGAGCCGCUGUGGACUCGCUGGACCCCCAGACCCUCCGCUCCUCGGUGCUCACCUUCACCCCGAGGCCCCGGGACCAUGGCACCAGCCUCACCUGUCAGGUGAAACUGCAAGGAUCUUGGGUGGCCACGCAGAGAACCAUCCGGCUCAAUGUUUCCUAUGCCUCUCAGAACCUCACCAUAGAUGUCUCCUUAAGAAAUGUCACAGCCCUCAAGAUUCUGCAAACCACAUCCUUUCCCAUCCUGGAGGGAGAGGCCCUGAGGCUGCGCUGUGAGGCUGACAGCAACCCCCCUGCCGAGCUGAGCUGGUUCCAGAGAUUCAAUCUCACAUUUUUCAUGUGGUUCUCUCCAAUUAGGCACAGCAGACCUUUCUCCUCGCUCCUCAAUGCCCCCCCGCAGCUGCUGGGACCCUCCUGCUCCUGGGAGGACCAGGGUCUGCACUGCAGCUGCUCCUCCAGGGCCCAGCCGACCCCCUCCCUGUGCUGGAGGCUGGGGGCGGGGCUGCUGGAGGGGAACCAUGGCAACGCCUCCCACAGGGUCAGCUCCCCCUCAGCGGGUCCCUGGACCAACAGCUCCCUGAGCCUCAAGGAGGGGCUCAGCAAGGGACUCAGUCUCAGCUGUGAGGCCCGGAAUGUGCACGGGGCCCAGAGCGCCUCUGUCCUGCUGCCGCCAGGUCAGGGCCUGCUGGGGGCAGAGGCCACUGAGACAGGAGUGGGCCCCACCCCAGAGCUGGGUACUUCGCUCCCUGACACAGGGACCCAGAUCCGCUCUGCCCUCUCAGAGGCAGCCAUGGUGCACCUGCUGCUGCUGCCCCUGCUGUUGGGGGGUGAAUGGCUAGGGAGGGGGGCAGGGCAGGUGGGGAAGGGGCAAGGACAGCAUCGGAGCCUCAAUCCCCCACCCCCAGGGUCCCGGCAGCAGCAGCAGGGAGGCUAUGAGCUCCAAGUGCAGGAAUCGGUGACGGUGCAGGAGGGUCUGUGUAUCCACGUGCCCUGCUCUUUCUCCUUCCCGUGGAGUUCGUGGUCUUCCUCUAGCAACCUCUACACCUACUGGUACCGGGACGGGGACAACAUAAACUCUGCUGCUCCUGUGGCCUCGAGCAACUGGAAUAAAACAGUGAAGAGAGGGACCGAAGGCCGCUUCCUCUUCGCAGACCCCACGACCAACAACU